AUGGUUCUGCACUCUGAGGACAAGGUUUAUCACUCUGAGGACAUGGUUCUUCACUCUGACGACAAGGUUCAUCCCUCUGAGGACAAGGUUCUUCACUCUGAGGACAAAGUUCCACACACUGAGGACAAGGUUCCUCACUUUGAAGACAAGGUUCUUCACUCUGAGGAUAAGGUUCUUCACUCGGAGGACAAGGUUCUUAACACUGAGGACAAGGUUCCUCACUCUGAGCACAAGGUUCUUCACUUUGAGGACAAGGUUCUUCACACUGAGGACAUAGUUCUUCACCCUGAGGACAAGGUUCCUCACUCUGAGGACAAUGUUCUUCACGCUGAGGACAAGGUUCUUCACUCAGAGGUCAAGGUUCUUUACGCUGAGGACAAGGUUCCUCACACUGAGGACAAGGUUCCUCACUUUGAGGAAAAGGUUCUUCACUCUGAGGAUAAGAGUCUUCACUCGGAGGACAAGGUUAUUAACACUGAGGUCAAGGUUCUUCACCCUGAGGACAAGGUUCCUCACUCUGAGGACAAUGUUGUUCACGCUGAUGACAAGGUGCUUCACUCAGAAGUCAAGGUUCUUCACGCUGAGGACAAGCUUCCUCACACUGAGGACAAGGUUCCUCACUUUGAGGACAAGGUUCUUCACUCUGAGGAUAAGAGUUUUCACUCGGAGGACAAGGAUCUUCACACUGAGGACAAGGUUCUUCACCCUUGAGGACAAGGUUCCUCACUCUGAGGACAAUGUUCUUCACGCUGAUGAUAAGGUUCUUCACUCAGGGGUCAAGGUUCUUCACGGUGAGGACAAGGUUCUUCACAUUGAGGACAAGGUUCCUCACACUGAGGACAAGAUUCCUCACUCUGAGGACAAUGUUCUUCACGCUGAGGACAAGGUUCUUCACUCAGAGGUCAAGGUUCUUCACGCUGAGGACAAGGUUCUUCGCCCUUGAGGACAAGGUUCCUCACUCUGAGGACAAUGUUCUUCACGCUGAUGACAAGUUUCUUCACGCUGAUGACAAGUUUCUUCACUCAGAGGUCAAGGUUCUUCACGCUGAGGACAAGGUUCUUCACCUUGAGGACAAGGUUCCUCACGCUGAGGACAAGGUUCCUCACUUUGAGGACAAGGUUCUUCACUCUGAGGAUAAGAUUCUUCACUCGGAGGACAAGGUUCUUCACACUGAGGACAAGGUUCUUCACCCUGAGGACAAGGUUCCUCACUCUGAGGACAAUGUUCUUCACGCUGGUGACAAGGUUCUUCACUCAGAGGUCAAGGUUCUUCACGCUGAGGACAAGGCUCUUCACCUUGAGGACAAGGUUCCUCACGCUGAGGACAAGGUUCCUCACUUUGAGGACAAGGUUCUUCACUCUGAGGAUAAGAUUCUUCACUCGGAGGACAAGGUUCUUCACACUGAGGACAAGGUUCUUCACUCUGCGGACAAUGUUCCUCACUCUGAGGACAAGGUUCUUCGCUCUGAGGACAAGGCUCCUCACUUUGAGGACAAGGUCCCUCAUUCUGAGCACAAG